UCUGAUCUUGUCAGGGGAAUGUCAGGUGAUUCUAGAAAAGGAUAUUAUGAACUAAUCAGGUUAUUUUAUCAAAGCACACCAGGUGUGAAAUGAUGGGCUUUCCACUGAACCAAAUCCAAUUGAUUACUUAAAAACGUCCCACCCAUUUUAAAGCACACAUAAAAUAGCCUGUUAACAAAAGCCUACAUACACAGUUGGGAAGGAGCAACUCUCUAAAAGAGACACACCAGUUUUUCUUCAGGAGGAUAUCACUUGCUUGACUUGCAGAGACGCUGAAUUUGAGCUGAACGCUUUUGGUCUGAACUGGAAAAGAAAUGGGAAACGAGCAUUCAAAUAACAAAGAGCCAAUCCAGAAUGGAAAACUUCCCGAGAAGCAUGAAAAUGGAUCAGUGAAUGGUGUCUCAGCAAACAUGACAUUUAAUGGACUGGAGGUUGAUGUGAAUGGUGAGAAGACAGUCCACGCAGAGGUUGAGACACCUGAGCCUGAUUUUGUGGUAGUGGAAUCAGACAGUGAACCCACUGAGGCCCAACUUAUUUCUGAAAUACCAGAACUCACCAUCCCGAAGGAAGAGGUUAAGAAAAGUAAAUCCCUUUUUGGCAAAAUGUUCAAAAAGAAAGACGUGCCUCCACCACAACAAAAAGAGACGACAAAUGAGGAUGAAACGGAUGUAAGUCCUGCCGUUGAAGCACAGCCGGAAACAGCUAACCUAAAGCAAGACUCAGAAUCAUUAACGGAACCAGAAAGUGUGACUCCAGAACCAGGUCAAGCGGAGGAAAACGUUGAAACUGACAACGGGAACAGUCAACCUGAGGAGAACCCAGAGGAGGAAAAUAAUUCAGUUAUGAACUUCUUCAAAACACUAGUGACUCCUAAAACAUCCAAAAAGGAAACAGCAACUCCAGAUGCCAAAAAGGAUCAGGAGCCCCAACCAGCAGCAGACACUACUGUUGCACAAAUAUCUGAACCUCCUGCAGCGCCCAAAGGAAUGUCUAUCCCACCACCACCUCCUCCAGAGCCACCAAAAAUGGAAAUCAAAGGAGACCCAGCUGUAAAACCCGUAAAACCCUCUCCGAAAGAAGAACCAAAAGCCGCUGCAAAGCAACCCGCACCCUCAAAAGGAAAAUCAACCAAAGAUUCUCUGAGCAGAUUCUUUCGCUCGAAGUCAGCCAAGGAGACACCACAGGCUGCAGAAGAAGCAGAGGUAGAGCCAGGAGAGGAGGAGCCUGUGGUGGAACCAGGGGCAGUAGACGUCCAGGUUGUACCUCCAGAGACAGCAGAGAAUGAGGCACAGAUGGUAGAUGGAGAACCACAGUCUGCUGAGAAAGUAGAUCCCUCAAAAACUGGCACUCUGGAGGCUGCUGCAAAGCCUGAACCACCACCACCUGUUCAGGAAGAAAAGAAUACAGCUCCAACAGUAUCCUUCUUUUCUCUCUUCAAGCCAAAAGCCGCUGAGCCUAAGAAGGAGGCCGCAGCUGCCCCGCCUGUGGCAACAGAGGCUGCACAGGCGGUUAAAAUCAAGGAGGAACCCAAACCAGUGGCCAAGUCAUCAGAGGUAGAAAACAAACAGGCCUCAGUGGGAUCCCAGGAUGGAGAGGAUGUAGCCAACAUUCCCAAAAAGGAGAAGAGGAACUCAGUCCAUCAGUUGUUUAAAUUCCUGGGUCAAAAACGCCAUUCUACAGAUGCCGGAGUCCAGACAGAGUCUAUCACUGUUACAGCAGAGAAGGCCAAAUAAAACAACACUGAAGUUUCCCUGUACAGAGAGAUACUCUUACUUUAUCUCACUCGUUCUCUCAUCACCCCCUUCAUUCCCUUGAAUUACUUUAACUGUGUUAUUGUUUUUUUUUUUGUUACAGCAUAGAUGUUUAAAUGUGAAUGGAAACCUUAGUGGAUGAAAGCAGGUGAACACUGUUGUCAGAGCAGGUGGGAGAACUAGUUUGGAAUGAGGUUGUUCAGAUACAUGUAUAUAUAUUUUAUUUUUUUGGUCAUAUAAAUGUCUUGGAAAGUAUUGCAAUAUGAGUGUGAAACCUUUUCUAUAGACAUUUAAUGUGCCUUUUUUUUCUGAUCUCGCAAUCUAACACAAUGGGCUUAUGCAAUACACAGACCCACGCUUUGCUUUUAGUUAUUAACUUGUCUGAAACAUUUAAAACCAUAUUCUCAUAUAGGUUCUUUGAUUGUGCUAUGAUUAGGAUUGUGUUGAUAUCAAAUCAUACUGGAAAAAAAGUGACCAAAGGGAUACAUUUCAAAUGACAGGAGUGGGUUAAUUUAACAAAUUGUACUAGAAAGAGAUUAAAUCUACAUAACCCAUGUGUGGAUUAAAGCGCUAACACACCUCUGGUAUCAUAUCCGUCACAUUUGGGCCCAUACAGAAAAUCACAAUCUUUAUAGUGCUCUGAAUGACUUGUUGUAAGCACGCAAACAAAUGCAGCUGAGGCGUUGUUAUGGAAAUAUGUCCAGGUCGUACGUCACUGUCUUCAUAACUUGCAGCCCAAUAGCUUUUAAUUUGAUAGCAGCACUUUGUGUCAAGUGACUUAAAUGAAGUUUUGUGGCGUUUGUCAUCCGUGUUUGGCAUGUGUGCAAUUGAUAUCAUGCUUUUGUUUGCCCACAUGUGUGCCUGUCUGUGUAACCUCAGUUAUCUUGAAGACAAUAAAUAUGUUUGUCUGCCCCUCAUCAGUCGACUCGUGAAAAAAUAAAUAAAGACCCAAGUGAGCUUCACAUCUGCAACAACUGUAAAAGUAUGUCGCCCGUCGAGUUAGCUGAAUAUGACAUUCUUUUACAAUGACAUCCAAUUUGUUUUCGUGCGCUAUACUUGUGAGCUGGGAAGGUGUUAACACAUGUCACUUCACUGUGUUGGGUGUGGUCAUGCGCAAGCAAAUACUGUAAACCUUACUCAUCUACGUGUUCAAAGAAAAGUGACCUUAUAGUGUUGGGCAUCAUUUGUAACUCUGUCAGACAUCCAAAAUGAAAUCCUAAUUUAUAUUUUUAGAGACCACAAGAGACACUUUAGGGGUUGAAGAUGUGUAAUGUGAUCUAAGGAAUUGUGCAUUUCAGGAAAAGCUAGACAUCAAAACCUUCUUUUAAUUUUUUAUGGUGUCAUUUCUUUGAUCGAUGGCACUGUGUGCAGUAUUUGGAAGGAUGUGUCUCAACUCGCUAAAAGUCUCAGACCCACCAUUCACCCACCGUGAAGUGACGAGGCACAGCACCCCCCGGGGCAUAACUCACACUGCUCCUUUGUUAUCAAUGAGACACACUCUUUUUGUUUCACCCUCUUUAAUAAGUGUGAUCACAGAUAUUGCUGUGACAAUAAAGGUGAAAAGGGGAGGCGUUGCCUGUGCAGUUAAAGCAUGUGCUCCAUUGUCAGUGUUUUUUCCUCCUGAGGAUUGUUUUAAAUUAAGCUGCAGUGGGACAUUUUCCCCACAAGUAUUGCUGGUAUGACGAGCUUGUGUUCAUUCCUAAACAUAACAUAUACCGUUGAUCACAAAGUUAUAAUGGGACAAAAUGCUUAUGUACAUCAUCUUGAAAUUAAUAUUUUCAUAGAACUCGGAAUGAAAAGACACCCAUUCUCCAUUCAAAGGUAACAGUUGUAACUAUGAGACUAUGAAAACAAGGACUUGUUAUGUGAAAUAAAGCCAUUGACAUUAAA